UUUACCUUGACUUGACAUUUAUUAUAUUUCAGGAAAAUAAAAUGAAGUUAGCAGCUUACAUCAAGAAGGAAUAUGACAUCACAGUAAACCCAAUUUCCAUGUUUGAUGUUCAAGUUAAGAGAAUCCACGAGUACAAACGUCAGCUGCUAAACUGUCUCCAUAUCAUUACUUUAUACAAUAGAAUCAAGAGAGAUCCAAGUGGUCCAUUUGUUCCAAGAACAGUCAUGAUUGGAGGCAAGGCUGCACCUGGCUAUUACAUGGCAAAGCAGAUUAUUCGUCUCUUUUGUGCUGUGGCAAAUGUGGUGAAUAAUGAUAUUGUAGUUGGCAAUAAACUGAAGGUGGUGUUCUUGGAGAACUACAGAGUUACUCUUGCUGAAAAAGUUAUUCCAGCUGCAGACCUUAGUCAACAGAUCUCGACAGCUGGGACAGAAGCUUCAGGAACUGGAAAUAUGAAGUUCAUG